AUGCAUUUUAUUGUGCAACUACUGCGUAGCGUAAACUCGCGGCGAAAAUCGAAUCGCACCCGUUCGCCCAAGCGUGACCCUCCCCUCGCCCUCGCUUUCAUUUCCCUAGGUCCCACGCUUCCGCUCUCUGUCGCCCGCGUCGUCGCCAUCGCUUCCGCAGCUCGUCGCGUUCGCGACCCCUGCCCGUCGCCUUCGCUCCGCCCGUCGCCUUCACUUCCCCCCCCCUCCUCCCCCCCCUUCCGUUGCCUUCAUUUCCCCCUCUCGUCGCCUUCACUUCCCCCCCUCCCGUCGCCUUCACGUCCCCCUCUCGUCGCCUUCACUUUCCCCCCUCCCGUCGCCUUCACUUCCCCUUCCCGUCACCUUCACUACCCCCUCCCGUCGCCUUCACUUCUCCCCCCCGUCGCCUUCACUUCCCCCUCUCGUCGCCUUCACUUCCCCCUCCCGUCGCCUUCACUUCCCCCUCCCCUCGCCUUCACUUCCCCCUCCCGUCGCCUUCACUUCUCCCUCCCGUCGCCUUCACUUCCCCCUCCCGUCACCUUCACUUCCCCUCCCGUCUCCUUCAUUUCCCCCUCCCGUCGCCUUCACUUCCCCUUCCCGUCGCCUUCACUUCCCCCUCCCGUCGCCUUCACUUCCCCUUCCCGUCGCCUUCACUUCCCCCUCCCGUCGCCUUCACUUCCCCCUCCCGUCGCCUUCACUUCCCCCUCCCGUCGCCUUCACUUCCCCCUCUCGUCGCCUUCACUUCCCCCUCCCGUCGCCUUCACUUCCCCUUCCCGUCGCCUUCACUUCCCCCUCCCGUCGCCUUCACUUCCCCCUCCCGUCGCCUUCACUUCCCCCUCCCGUCGCCUUCACUUCCCCCUCCACUCGCCUUCACUUCCCCCUCCCGUCGCCUUCACUUCCCCCUCCCGUCGCCUUCACUUCUCCCUCCCGUCGCCUUCACUUCCCCCUCCCGUCGCCUUCACUUCCCCCUCCCGUCGCCUUCAUUUCCCCCUCCCCGUCGCCUUCAUUUCCCCUCCCGUCUCCUUCAUUUCCCCCUCCCGUCGCCUUCACUUCCCCUUCCCGUCGCCUUCACUUCCCCCUCCCGUCGCCUUCACCUCCCCCAUUUCCCCCCUUCACGCUCUCUUACCCCCUCUGCUCGCCCCUUCCUCUCAUUUCCCCUCCUUAGCCCCAUGCUUACUGGCUAUCCCCUUUGCUCACCGCCUUCUCCACCCUGCUCACUCUGUUCCCCGCUUCGCUCACUCCUCUGCCUAA